AUGCUCUCCCAUAUGUAUCCCCUCGCCAUCCUGGCCGCCUCGGCCUCUGCCACUGCAGUCUUCGAUCAGAAACUCCUCGGCCCAGCCUACCCGGCGCCCUCCAAUCUCGCCGCCGCCAGUGCCAUUCGCGAGGCCGCAGCCAGCAUCUCCUCCGCCCUUAAGUCUGCCCUCGACAGCGGACACUCCCCAUUUGGAAACUUCACCGGCAAGGCAACGUCCCUCUCGCUGGAGGCCGUGUCCGCCAUCGAUGACGGCAGUUCCCCGAUCCUCGACUUCCACUACACGGCCGCCGAGCUCAACACCUCGGCCGGUAGCACCAGCAGGGUUGCUGCGGACACGGUCUACCGUAUCGGCAGCGUGUCCAAGCUCUUCACCGUGUACGCCCUUCUGCUCCACGGCGGCGCCCAGUACUGGGACCGGCCUGUCACGGACUUUGUGCCCGAGCUGAGGCGGGCGGCGGCGUUGCCGGGGGCAGACGAUGCGGUUGAGCGUGUGCAGUGGCGUGAUGUGACGGUUGGCGCGCUGGCGUCCCAGCUAUCCGGCAUUGGACGAGACUACAACAAUGCCGAUCUAGCCAGCCAGGGCUUUCCGUGGAAAGAGGCCGGCCUGCCGCCUCUGCCUCCGAGCGAGAUCCCAACAUGUGCUGGGAACUCGAGCCAGCCGCCGUGCAACCGAAAGGGCACGUUCACAUGCUUCAUCAAGCGACACCCCGUCCUGCCGCCGUUCACGGCCCCGGUAUACUCCAACGCAGCGUACCGAAUCCUCGGCUACGUCGUCGAGGCCAUCGCCGGCUCGCCCUACGACGCGGUCCUUGCUCGAAGCGUCCUCCGACCGCUGGGGCUGAAGAAGACGAGCACGGCCAGCCCCAGCGGCUCUGGUGUCGGCGUCAUCCCUCCGGGAGACUCGGGUUGGGGCCGUCCCCUGGGAGACGAGGUUUCCACCGGCGGACUCUACUCUUCCUCGCACGACCUCGCUGUAUUCGGCCGUGCCCUCCUCACCAGCAAGCAACUUUCCCGCCUCGCCACCCGCCACUGGAUGAAGCCCCAUUCCCACACGGCCUCGCCUUCGGCCUCUGUCGGCGCCCCCUGGGAAAUGGCCCGCACGCGCAGCCGCGUCACGUCCGGCUAUGCCGUCGACCUGUACACAAAAUCCGGCAGCGACGGACAGUACAACGCGCUGCUCGUCCUUGUACCCGAGUUCCAGGUCGUCGUGUCGCUGCUGGCCGCGGGACCCGACUCCGGGCCGGUCGUGACGGCGGCGGCCGAGACGGUCCUGCAGGCGCUGCUUCCCGCGCUGGAUGGCGUGAGUCAGAGCCAGGCUUGCGAUAAGUUCUGCGGACGGUAUGCGACUGCGGACGCGGCUGUCAAUUCGUCGCUCGUGCUGGCGGUUGAUUACGAGGGGCCGGGGCUGCUCGUCACGCAAUGGAUCAGCAAUGGUGUGGAUGUGAGGCAGGUCGCGCAGGCGUAUGCGGACGCAACCAAGGGCGGCGUCAUCGAGUCCAUCAGGCUGUAUCCGACGGGCCUGUACGCUCCCGGCAAGGCUGCUUUCCGGGCGGUCCUGCAGACAGUCCCGUCUGACUUUAACUCGUCGAUCCCGCGUAUCCUGGAUCCCAGGGCGAGCCAGUGGAGCGCCAUGGACCAGCUCAUGUACGGGGAGGUGGCGGUCGAUGACUUUGUGUUUCGGCUGGACGGGCACGGCAGGGCUGUAGCUGUCGAGCCACGAGUGCUACGGCAAACACUUCAGAGAGUUGGCGGCAAGUAA